AGUUUACUAUUGCUCUCGUUCUUGUCAGUCGCAGCUGUUUCCAAAAGUGCUUGAGCGUCAGACAAGUUUGUGGAACGAUAACAAUUGUUUGGCGCGACCUUCGUCGUACUUAACGGUACACGGCCGUGGUAUAGGCGGUCGCAUCGCGAAGAUAAAUGCAGAUUUCGCGCCGGGACGCGCGGCCUUUUCAUUCUUCCUCGCCGCAGCCUUCUUCCAUCGGCUCCCACGAUGUGUCUGCUGUUCGUCUACACUAAUCCCGACCCGGACGAUGACGAAUUCAGCAUGGUGCUGGUCAACGUCAGGGACGAGUUCUUUCAUCGCCCCACGAAGCCAGCGUCUUUCUGGGAGGACGACCCUGACAUUGUCGGAGGUCGGGAUCAGGAGAAAGGUCGUGAGGGGGGCACGUGGUUGGCUGUGUCCAAGGAUGGCCGUAUUGGCGCACUGCUCAACAUCCUCCAGCCGGCCCAUCGCAUGGAUCCCACAAAGCGUGGCCGAGGGUUUCUGGUUGUGGACUUUAUAAAGUCCUCAAUGGACGGCAAUGCGUACCUGACAAAACUGAUGAAGGAGAAGGACGAAUUCAAUGGAUUUCUUUUUGUCGCCAUCGAGGCCAAGCCUCUUAAGAAGAAUAUCUCCAUGAGUUACUACAGCAACCUCCAAGAGGGCGGACCGGUGCAAACAGAGCCUGGUUUUCAUGCAUUUGGCAACAGUGUACCUCCACAGUUCUGGGCCAAAGUCAAGUAUGGCAAACAAAAAUUUGAGGAGCUCGUCAGGCAGAACAACCGGUUCUCGCAGAAAGAUCAGCUUCUCAAGGAGAUAUAUGAUUUUCUGGAUGAAUCAACGUCCUACCCGGUGGAUGACGCCAUGAGAAAACAGUCACAAGAGCCUGAAGCAACCUUGAGGCUGAUGAACCAGAUGAAGUACAUCUUGCCCAACUACAAUUACGGCACAAGGACACAAACCAUCCUCUUUGUGAACGGUGCGGGCAAGGCCGAGUUUAUCGAGAAGACUAUGAAGGAGCCCAUCGACAUAACGUCUAAGAUUGUGUGGGAGACAAAGACCUUCACCUUCGACAUUGCAUGAUUUGUGGAUGUUAUAGUUCUCAGACGCAAAAUCUGGUCACCAUUUUUGUUCUUUUUAUGUUGGAUGUGUUUCAGCGUAUGUAGUCCUUUGUAUCAUGUAGCACUCCUUUUCACGGUGAAAUUCCAGAUUAUAGAUAUUAUCGAAUACUCCGGGAAGAGAUACUAUACAUGAAGCAUGGAGCCUCUGUUUAUGGGGAUCCUUGCUGUUAUGCUGGUGAUUAAAGAUUUUAUGAAUACGUGUUGUUGAACCAGAA